CUGGCCAUUUCCAUCACCCCAACCCACACACAUUCUCUCUCUCGCGCGCGCACACACACAAAAACACACACUCUAGUCCUCUGUUCAUGUGGUUGGAGCUCCGGCUCCCUAUUCGGAGCCUCCGCUCGUAAUUCUACAUACACGAUAUGGUAUAAAAUCUCAGAUGUUGGUUUCGAAUCGAAAAAUUUGUUUCUGAUUAUAGAUCGUUUGAAGAAAUGUCGAAAUCACCAUGGAAAAAUAUUGGCGACUGGGCCGCCGAAUCGGAGAGAGCCGAAGCCGAAGAACGGGAACAGGCAGAACAAGCCGCUGCUGCUGCUCAAGCCGGAGGAGGUAAUUUUCCAAGCCUGAAGGAGGCGGUGAACACGAAACAGAAGAAGAAAACCAAGAUGAGCUUGCACGAGUUCACGAUGCAACCUAGUUAUGGCUCCGGAUCGGCUCCGCCUAGCCGAGGCUUGACUCAGGAAGAAAUGUUCCGGCUACCCACUCGACCUAGGGAGCGUCCACCUGACGAAAUGCAGCACGGGCGGCUCGGAGAAGGGUUUCCUAGUUAUGGAAACCGACCGGGUUCUGGAUAUGGUGACGGGUAUUCCGAUCGACCGACUCGGGAGUUUGAGAACCGGAGAUCUUAUGGAGGGUUUGAGGAUGAGAAUCGCCGAGGACCAACUAGGGUUUCGGGGUUCGAUCAACAAACUUCGAGAGCUGACGGAGUUGAUAACUGGGCUUCAGGGAAGAAAGCCCUACCCGAUUACACUUCGGGUCCGGCGGGUCGUCCUGCGAGGUAUAGUUCUCUUGGAGGAUCCUCCGAUGGGAUUUCAAGGGCUGAUGAAGUGGACAGUUGGGUGGCUACUAAGAAGCCCUUUGUGCAAUCUCAGCCGCCACAACAGGCGAGAUCUUCCGGGUUCGGGAGGCUUGAGCCCGAUCGCUGGACUCGAAAUGAAGGUGAACGUCAGAGAUUGGUCCUGGACCCUACCAAAAGUGAUCGUGGUGGUGAUGCUGACGUGCUAGUUAAAGUGAACAAGUCGAAUCCAUUUGGGGCAGCAAGGCCAAGGGAGGAGGUUUUGGCGGAGAAGGGAUUGGAUUGGAAGAAAAUGGAUAUCGAAAUUGAAGUGAAGAAGCAACAGCAUUCUGUUGGCAGUAGUAGGCCUACUAGCUCACAGUCGAGUAGACCUGGGAGUACUCAUUCGAGCAGGUCAGAGAGUCUCACGACAUUGCAGUCAGGGAUGGCUGAAGGUGCAGCCAAGCAGACCCCAAAAAUGAACCCAUUUGGUGAUGCUAAGCCUCGGGAAGUCUUGCUUGAGCAGAAGGGCUUGGAUUGGAGGAAGAUUGACCUGGAAUUGGAGCAUCGACUAGUUGAGAGGCCUGAGACAGAAGAGGAAAACAGUUUGAAAGAAGAAAUUGAGCACCUGAAAAAGGAAUUUCUGGAAAAAUCUGGUGAAGAGCAAAGCUGUUUACAGGAUCUUAUUCUUAAAAGAGAGAAGGAUUUGGAACUGCUGAGGCGGGAAUUGGAUGACAAGGUUCGUUAUAGCCAGAAAGUGUUUGAAAGGCCCGGUUCUGGAGCUGGUAGGGAUGCUAUCUCUAUUGAGAGACCUUCUCGGCUUGCACCAUACGAGGAACCCAGAGCUGGUUUUCCAGAGAGACCUCCUUCCCGGCCAGGGGCACACGAGGAUCCUAGAGCUGGCCAUUCUGAGAGACCACGUUCUCGACCUGGCUUGUCUGAGAAGUAUAGGCCCGGGUUUCCUGAGAGGCCUUCCCGGCCUGGACUCUAUGAAGAGUCCAGAUCUGUCUUUACUGAGAGACCUUCCGGAUCUGGAUCAUAUGAAGAGACUCGAGCUGGAUUUUCUGAGAAAUCUCCUUCCUUAUCACAGGCAUAUCAAGAUCCCAGAGCUGUUGACUACAUGGAGAGGCCUCGAUCUCGUGGCACUGUAAAUUCCAGGACAAGGCCGAUUGAUGACAGGAAAGCUUCUCAAGGUGGCGGGGUUAGAGGAUUUGUGGGAAGCAGAGACGUGGACAGGUCAAGGCCGAGGUGGUGAAUUUCAGUUAUUGUGGAUUCUUUGAGCCGUUCUGCUUUUAGUCCUCUGACGUUAGAGCAAAAUAAAACUUCGGCAGCUCUCAUUAAAUCUCUCGCGCUUUGGUUGUGAGAAAUGGAGCUAGAAUUAUUGAAUACUGACAUUGAUAUCGCUUGAUUAAUUGUAAAAUUGCACUCUUUCUUUCUUUUAGUCGCAUAACCUAUUUUGCGCAUUUUUCAUAAGGACUCUAUUGUAAUGCCCGUCUUGCUGCGCCGCCCCGAUUUUGGCUUUUCCCCCUCUCUUUCUGAACCGUAACGUUUUUUUCCCUGUUCUAUAUAAUUUGUUUUCUUCAGCUGUUCUAA